AUGAAUCCACUUACCUCCAUCCUCUCUUGUCUCACCGGCCAAAGCGCUGUAUCUCAAUCAUUACCACCAGUCAGCGAGGUUAACACGCGCUCAAAGCUCAUCACCACCCAACCAGUCCCUUACUCUGACGACGCAGCCUCCCAAUUCGUCUCCAUCCUGCAAACCCACACCGGUACCCAAGCUCAACUUCACAACCGUCUUGAACAAGUAGUUUCCACUGCAGGCUGGACGUCAAGCCUCGCCGAAGCCAUCGAGCGCAAGAUCGAGAACCUCUUAAAAGAUGGCGCAGAGCUCGCCAAGCCCAUGGCUGAAGCUGUAAAAAGAGCUACAAACACAGCCUGGGAGUUUGCGAAAGAACAUCCUGUCUACGCUGGUUUGAUCGCAGCCGGUACGAUUAUCGCUAUUGGUAUUCUGGUGGAGUUUGAGCUUGUUUGGGUGCUGAGAGCGCUGGGGUUCGAUGAGAUUGGACCGAGAGUUGGGAGCUUUGCGGCGAGAUGGAUGAGGAGCCUUGAGAAGGUGCCCAGAGGAUCUAUUUACUCGUAUCUUCAGAGGUUGGGGAUGAAGAUUGCGAAGUGAAGGCGGGUAUUGAGAUGGGGAGAAUUGAGUAAUACCCGUAACUGCCAAGUCGGUUUAGUGGAAGCAUAUCCUUUUCACUGAUCAGUCAAUUUAACAGGCAGUCAUUUCCAUAGAAGCGACAUCUGGUAUUCAAUUCAUUGGUUGCUGAGAAUAUGGCGCCGU